AUGACCUGCCCUUCAGCGAACCUCAGGGCAGCCAUUCUAUCGUCCGAUCAUGACGACCGAGCAUCUUUUCUAGCACCAUCAUCCUCAUCUAAUAGUGAUAAGGACACCGCAGUGGCCAAAUCCAGCUCGACUGGUUUGUCAUCCGGGGCCAUCGCUGGCCUUGUGGUCACCAUAAUUGUCCUGGUUCGCCCUUGCCCCCUUAUCAACGACUUCAGCUUGGCCAUCAGCAUAGCCCAAAUGGCCAAUGGCAUGCAGCACAGACUACGCAGCCACCGGCGCCCACAUUUCAAUACCCGCGGGACGGUUCCGGAACCUGGCCGUUCCAAAGCACAAUGUAUCAGGCGCAUCCCAGCCCGCCGCCUAAGCUCCCCCGGCAGCAUGCCUGGCCAAGCCGUCAGUCAGUCCAUGAGCUCCUGGCUGAAGUUCAGCGAUCAAAAUUAG